AUGGCAGCGUUUACCUGCGCGCUACUGACGAACUAACCCAAACAUUAAAGCUAACCUUCUGUAACACUACUGAACACAUGCUGUGCUGUUGGUAGUUGUGCUGUGACAGGUUCAGUGAUCGCAGGAGGCUGCGGCUCAUCUCUCAGCUGCUGAUGGAGCACAUCCUACUGCCAAAGGUGGAGAAUGUCAAGCUGCUCGACAGGGUCUCUCCCAGAAGAAGCAGAGUGGGCACCCUCUACCUGACAGCCACGCACACCAUCUUUGUGGAGAACGAAGCUGGAGUGCGCAAUGAAACAUGGGUGCUUCACAGUUUGGUGUGCAGUGUGGAGAAACAAGCUGCCUCCCCCUCAGGAUGUUCUCUGGUCAUCCACUGCAAGAACUUCCAGGUUCUUUAUUUUGUCAUACCUCGAGAGCGGGAGUGCAGUGAUGUCCACCUGUCCCUACAGCGGCUCUCCCAGCCAGAGCAUUACGAGGAGCUAUACUGCUUCUCCUAUAAGCCAAACAUUGAUGAGGAGGACAGACGGCAGGAAUGGGACUUCUUGGACCUUAAGGCUGAUUACAGCAGAAUGGGACUGCCAAACUCCCUGUGGAAACUCUCCCCUGUCAACCAACACUACAAGGUGAGUGACACUUACCCCGCUGACCUCUUUGUGCCUGAGUCCGCCACACCUCCGGUCAUAGUGGGGAGCUCCAAGUUCAGAAGCAGAGGCAGAUUUCCUACUCUGUCGUACUACUCUAAAGAAAAUCAUGCUGCCAUCUGCCGCAGCAGCCAGCCCCUGUCAGGUUUCAGCGCUCGCUGCCUGGAGGAUGAGCAGAUGCUGGAGGCCAUCUUGAGGUCCAACCCCCGCAGCGACUUCAUGUAUGUGGUGGACACCAGGCCUAAGCUGAAUGCAAUUGCAAACCGAGCUGCAGGAAAGGGCUACGAAAACGAAGACAACUACUCCAACAUCAAAUUCCAGUUCAUCGGCAUCGAGAACAUCCACGUCAUGAGAAACAGCCAACAGAAAAUGCUAGAGGUGUGUGAGCUUCGUUCCCCCUCCAUGUCUGACUUCCUGGAAGGUCUGGAGAGCUCAGGCUGGCUGAAGCACAUCAAAGCUGUUUUGGAUGCAGGCAUCUUCAUCGCCAAGGCUGUUGCAGAGGAGGGUGUCAGUGUCCUGGUUCACUGUUCAGACGGUUGGGACCGCACCGCCCAGGUGUGUUCAGUAGCCUGUGUGCUGCUGGACCCUUACUACAGGACCCUCAAAGGACUCAUGGUUCUCAUUGAGAAAGACUGGGUGUCAUUUGGACACAAGUUCACCCACAGAUGCAACCACCUGGUAGGAGACCCUAAAGAGGUAUCUCCCAUCAUCGAUCAGUUCCUGGAGUGCGUGUGGCAGCUCAUGGAGCAGUUCCCCUGUGCCUUUGAGUUCAAUGCGAGAUUCCUCAUCACCAUUCACAGCCACAUCUACUCCUGCCAGUAUGGAAACUUCAUUGGCAACAACCAGCAGGAGAGGAAAGAGCUGGGUUUGCGCGAGAGGACUCACUCUCUGUGGAGCUAUCUGUGGAAGAACCGGGCAGACUACAUCAAUCCUCUUUACCGGCCAAACCACAGCCAGACUCAGGGGCUCCUCCGGCCGUCUACUGCCCCCUACUGCUUUAAGUUUUGGAGAGGGCUGUAUAACCGCUUUGACCGAGGGAUGCAUCCUCGACAGUCUGUGGAGGAUUAUCUGAGUGCCAUCCAAGAGGAAACACAGCAGCUGGAGGAGCAGCUGGCCUCACACAAGCAGAAAAUUGCUCAACUGGAGCAGGAGCAGAAGUGGAGUGUCACCCAGAAAGGAGCUGCCUUUGAUAAGAGCCCCACAGCGUGGGCUCUUGGUUAUGACCUCGGUCUGGCCAACACCCCUCAGGACUACACCGGGGGCUUCUUCACCAGCAGCCCCUGUCAGCCCAAAGCACCAGACAGCAGCCUGAUCCUCCUGACCAAGGACUCAAACCAAACAUCUGAAUCCAACCUCUCCAACGGCAGCGAGGAGGAAUCGGGGAUAGCAGACGUGAGCUGUCGUUCACCUCUCAGCGAGGACAGCACCAGGGAUCCAGACUCUGAUGAGGCCGCCUACUCAGCUGCCUGAGCAAAUGUAGCAUUUGGUGGAAGGUGUAGCAUCAACUCGCCGUCCACUGUGCCACUGAACAAAUACUACUGUACCUUUUUUACAUUCACAAAGUAACCCAGCUAUAGGCUCACUCCAGGAAAACAAGUUUUAUCCGGGUUACACAUGUGACUUGCACUCUGCAUGUGGUGUGGUGGACCCUUCCUGUUCUCACAUAGUUAAUAGUUGUUUACUGUAGCUGACCACAUUUUACUUCUUACUGCGGUAAGAUUCUACCGAAAAAAAAAAAAAACAAAGCUGAAUAUUGCUUAUGUCUGUUGUCGACGGCAGAAUUAACCCGUAGGAGUUUACACAGCAACUAGACAAAAUAGUGAAAUGCUUCCAGGACAGUAACCAGUUUAAUAAUGGAGUCAUGUCAAACAAGAUUCAACUGAAGCCUAAGAUAAAAAAAAAUAAUUAAAAAAAAAAGAAAGACUAAAGAGUGAGUUUUGUGAACAAUUCAGUGCAAAUGUAAGCAGAGGGUGUCAGCUCAUCGAAUUACUGGUGAGCCAUUUAGUUUUGUGGUUUUUUGCAUUUUACUAUGAUCUUCAAUAUACUUUCAUUCAUUAGGAAUCAUGCUUUACAGUGUAUAAAUAUGAAGUCAUUGGCAGCCCUUUGAAAUUGAGUUUCUAAAUCAACAUGAAACAAUAACCAGAGUUUCAGCGAGACCAAAUCAUCAUUUCAGUUGCAUUGUUUGAACUUAAAGGAGCUCUAUUCGAUUUUCAAAGCCUUUGUUACGCUGAAUUUUAUGCACACAAACACCGUAGCAACACUUCCACAGACAGAGGCUGGACAGAACUGUGUAAGACUGUUUUAAUGAGACACAAAGAGACAACAGUGCUAGUAAACACUAUAUCAAAGCAGCUUUCACUACUACUGAUACAGGGAGAAGUCAUAUUGGAUUUAGAGGUCUACGUUCGUGAGGGUCCUCUGAAUUUACUUCUGGGCACAUUACAGUGGAAAUUUCCAAGUGGGUACUCGGAAAUUCUGACCUCCCAGUGCAAAUGUAAUAUACUACAUGAUGAAGAGGUUGUCUCCACAUGGCUCUCAACAUGGAGUUGGCUGAGCCAGCAGCUAGCAGCUAACGGUGCUAACAGCUGGAACAGUGCUGACAGGGCUAACAGUGUUAACCAGGCAGAGACUGGAGGAUGGGCAUUACGCUCCUGAGACAAUGCCAUCCUAAUAUCAGUGGUAACCACCAUACAAGCACAGUAGAAAACAGUGGUGCAAGCCAGUGGGAUACAAACACAGGGACUCACGUGCUUUAACAUGCGUGCACUACCAGACUCGCGACCAAAACAAAGAACAGAGCAGCUCAAAUUACAACACAGAGAGAUGGCAUGAUUUCAUUCUCUGCUCAGGACACCAUAGCACCACUAUAUCUUUACAUAGCAAAUAGGUGUUUGCAGCUAUAUUAAUGUUGUGAAUGUCUCAUAGAGCUCCUUUAAGGACAACAAAGUAAUUUAAAAAUGGGAAAAGGAUUUGACAAACAUAUAGAAUACAGGCAGUCGACACAUGGUGCUAAUUGGCCCUCAGAAUAACUCAUCUCUAUAGCAGUGUUCGCAGAAAUAUUGUUUCACUUUUUUGUGAUUUUGCCCAGCGCUCAUUUAAAUGCUGUUGCACCUUAUGGUCACUGCUGCUCAUUCACAGGCAGUCAGGGGUCAAGACUUCAGUUUGGCCUGAUGGAGCAGCAGUUACCCAGUUCAGCCCAAAUCUUAUUUCAAAUAGCAAUGUAGUGCCGUUUCAACCCCAGAGGACAUACUGUGACGAAACAAAACUUACUCAGCACACCACAGGGACCUCAGCUGGUUUUGGGUGUCAUUACACUACAGUAAUAACCAGUAGUUAGCUGUGGUUUAUUGGCACCUUUUGGUUCACACCUGGGUACUUCAAUUUCAUCACAUCAUAUAUCAUGUGAUACAUACACUUAAAACAGCUAUACGUUUGUUGUGAUCAAACCAAACUUCUUAACAAAGGGAAUCAGCCCUCUACUGGUACAUAUAGUGAUAAGCAAUCAGAAUACUGAAUACUGAACCAGCAGACUAAACAUCAGACAUGCGAGCGCAAGGCAGCAGAUUACAGUCUGUCUUUUAAAAUUGGUGCCGUUUCAAUUAGCAUUAAAACUGCUGACUUUAAUAACACAUUAUGUGCACUCCAAUACUGCAAAUGAACAAUGCAAAGAUUACUAAGCAAUGCAUUUAAGAUAUUUUUGUACUGUGGCGCAUUUUUUUGAGUACUUGCUUUAAUGCAUGUUGUUUUUAUUUGUAUGAUAGAGUCUAAAAUGUCUGGUCACAAGGAAUUCUGACCCUGUAUAAAAGAAAGAGCUUUAUAUUGCUGCGUGUAUGUGUUCAGGUGGAAUAAGAGCCAAAUUUGUCAAACUGAUCUUAAUGAAAAGAUGUUUAAUUUGUGUCAAUUUUCUUUGAAAUAAAUACAUUAUUGUCAGUUCUGUUGUUCUGAUCA